AUGGCUAAAUCCCCUGACCCCCAAAACCCCACUUCCAAACGCUACCCUCGAAAUCCCUCAAACUGUGCUGCAAUUCCAAAACGUGCUUUGUUGACUGAUCUCCGCAAGAAGAAGGCUGCCAGUAUAUUAUUAAAAUCAACUCUUGAGAAAAAUUUAAAAGUCAGUAGACAAGUGAGCGACCUCCUGGCUAAUGGAGAUAAUAAAUUUGCAGUAAAAGCGUUGAAAGAGAUAAAACAAAAAGCUUUAAAUACUAUUCAAAAGUGCCAAAGGAAGUUAAAGGAUCGUAAUUAUUCAACUGCACUCAACUCAACACAGGAAAUCCCUGAGGAUGAUAAGAAGGACUUGGUUUGAGAGCAUCCUUAUGCUUCAAAAUCUGCUAAGAAAGAUAAAGGAACUCUUAAUGCCACUCAACUUUAUAAUGUAACUUCUAGGAAAUAAGAACAAUAAGAGUGUCUGUAUGAACAAUGAUAUCCUAAUUGAAGAGACAUCCUUACCAAAGCUGGGAACUUAUAAGCAACCUUUGGGAGGUGAAUACAGCUAUUUCAGAAGCAGGGGAGACUCCUGAGGAGUAAACUCAAUUAUAGCCGAUAAGUAUAAAAAUAAAAGAGCAAUCUCACAUAAAAGAAGUCAAAAUGUUGACAUUAAUUUAUCCAAACUGAUUUCAGAAAAUAUGAGGAAGGAACAAGAGAUAGAAAGGAAUGAAAGAAUGAAAAUCAAGCUUUCACAAACAACCUACAGGAAUGAAUUAUGAAAGCAGGUUCAACAGCAUAAGGAAUUGAAAAAGCAGCUCAGCCGUCAAAGCCAACAAGUUGAUCAAGAAUAUCUCAGGUUUGGCAAUACACAAUUGAUGAGAUACAACAAGGAACAUGAAAGAAAGAAGAGGAGAAUAUAUGACCUUAGUCAAGAAAAUCAGAAUAUGAGCAAGGUUUUAAAUAGACAACGGUCUUCUCAAAAAAUUACAGAAAAAGAAGAUGAUUACAUAACAAUUAAAGAGGCUGAGCAGAGCUACCAUAAUGACAUCAUUAAGUCCAGUUUAGAAAGACAGAAGGCGAAAACUCAAUACAAACAGGAAAUUGAUCAAGCAGUCAAACAUAAGAUUAAAAAGGCCUACGAAGAUGUAGAAAAUGAAAUAGUCGAAUGUCCAAAACCAGGAUCCAUGCUUGACUACUUCUUUUUAAGUAAAGAACAAAGAGGCUAUGAAUGACCAAUCAUGAGGCAAAAGAAAACUGACAUUCAGAAUAGUUACCAAUCUUACGAUGCUAGACUAAGGAAACCCAAGAACAUACUCAGUGGAUUUUUGUAGAUGAAAUAUAGCAGUUAAUUCUAUUUUUGAAAACUUAUAGCUAAAGAGAUAUCUAAGAAAGCAGUGAAGGAUAAAAUAAGCCUGCUAUUAGCUCCUAUUUUUAUUCUUCUUAUAACUAAGCUUACUUUUAGCCACAAACUCUAAACUUA